CCCCGCAGCAUUGAACUAUAGUCGAGGAAGAGCCUUGAGACUAUUACCUCUUGUCGCUAAAUGUAGGCUAUUAUAUUUGUUCAGCUGGCUAAUAUAGAAGAUUGCAAAAUAAAGCGUCGGUAAUUUAAGUAUGUUCAUUGGGAAACUGAGAGAAGAGGAAAUAAAUUAUUUGUAAGCAUUCUUACCAUCAUGUAAUCAAUGAUAAGUCAAAAGAGCAUCAGCGGAAACAAAACAAAGAAAUUAAGCGGGACGCCAGCAUUAAAAAAAAAAAAAUCUGAAAAUCAGUCGGAUAGGAGGCGGGAAUCUAUUCUGAGACGUCGAGUGCAACAGCCGUAGAAUAAGAGGUGGCCCUGAGCGCCAGCAGCGUUCAAUUGCGUAGCGCGCGCUGCUUGCGACACAAACUCGGCAACUGCUCGACUUGGUGAGAUAGUCCCCAGACCUGUGGGAAAUCGCUUAUGUUCUAAAUAGAAACGAGAAAGGUCUUUUAUUUUUAAUUUUGUUGAGAAGUAGUUCUUACACAGUGACUCGAACGGGCUACUGGGCUUCAGCUCCCAUACGAAGAGGCGGAGUCUCAACUCACUGAAAAGGCUCGCGCCUCAACCCGAUCGCCUGCAAAUAUGAUGAUGAUGUCUCUCAGCAGCAAGCAGGCGUUCGCGAUGCCCCACACCAGCUUGCCCGAACCCAAGUAUUCCAGUUUGCAUUCUUCAACAUCUUCGACUUUGACUUCCAGUGCGCCUUCGUCUUCCUGCUCUUCUUCCAGACUUAGUAGUACUAUCAGCAGCAGCAGCACGGAGACGAUGCGCCGAGCCUGUCUCCCAACCCCACCGAGCAAUAUAUUCGGAGGUUUGGAUGAGAGUUUGCUGGCGCGCGCUGAAGCUCUGGCAGCGGUGGAUAUAGUCUCUCAGACCAAAAGCCACCAUCAUCCGCCUCAUCACAGUCCUUUCAAGCCGGACGCGACCUAUCACACCAUGAACACGAUCCCUUGUACCUCUUCCUCUUCCUCCUCCGUGCCAAUUUCGCACCCCUCAGCGCUGGCGGGCCACCACCACCAUCAUCAUCACCACCAUCACCAGCCUCAUCAGGCUUUGGAGGGGGACCUGCUGGAUCACAUCACCCCGGGUCUGGCGCUCGGGGCUAUGGCAGGGCCGGACGGAUCUGUGGUCUCCUCGCCGGCUCACCCUGCCCACAUGGCGGGCAUGAACCACAUGCACCAGGCGGCCCUCAGCAUGGCACACGCCCACGGGCUGUCCUCACACAUGGGCUGCAUGAGCGACGUGGACGCCGAUCCCCGGGACUUGGAAGCGUUCGCUGAGAGGUUUAAGCAGAGACGGAUCAAACUCGGGGUAACCCAGGCGGAUGUAGGAUCAGCGUUGGCCAACCUAAAGAUUCCAGGGGUUGGCUCGCUCAGCCAAAGUACCAUCUGUCGGUUCGAGUCCCUCACACUGUCUCACAACAAUAUGAUCGCUUUGAAGCCCAUCCUGCAGGCAUGGCUGGAAGAGGCUGAGAAAUCGCACCGGGAGAAACUGAACAAACCGGAGCUCUUCAACGGAGCCGAGAAGAAGAGGAAGCGCACUUCUAUAGCAGCACCGGAAAAGCGGUCUUUAGAGGCGUACUUCGCCAUUCAACCCCGUCCCUCCUCCGAGAAAAUAGCAGCUAUUGCGGAAAAACUGGACCUGAAAAAGAACGUGGUGCGGGUCUGGUUCUGCAAUCAGCGACAGAAACAAAAACGAAUGAAAUACUCUGCAUGCGUCUAACAUCACCAUCGGCAUUAUAAAGAACAAUAAAAACUACAGACAGUCCUGUCGAAGAUUCGAUUUGUAUAAUAUUUCUUAAUAUCACACCUUUUUUCAAUCAUCGAUGACUUCGAGACACUUUGAGACAGAACUAUGAAUCAUGGUCAAUAUGACUAAAAAACAGAAAGAAAAAAAAAAAAGAAUUAAAUAAGCUAACAUUAUCUGUCACGUCAUUUACCCAGAAAGGAUGUGGAAUCGUUUUAAAGGAUCCUUUGAUUAUCAAGUAAGAACAUGUUUUCACCACUUACUCUGCUGCGCCGUUUUUGCCAGUUAAACACAGCAUUUCACUCUGAGAUAUUCUAGAAUACAUGGUUUUAUAAUACUGGCUUUAUUUCAGAUGCGAAAUGUCACACAUAACACUACUGAACCAUAAAAGUACAUUUUACAGAAAAUUGUUUAAAUUCAAAUGGUAGGGAUUUUGUGCGUACAAAUAGUAGGGGUUUCGUCUUUCACGAACACCAUUUUUCGUCCUGUGAUACUUUUUGUAAAAACUAUUAUUAAUAAUUUUGAACCGGCUACAAAAUGGACUAGGGUACCAGGGUAGUCACCACUAACAUGGAAAGAAAUUAUUAGAUUACUGCCAAACACCCCGUGUAAAUUAUUAAUUUAGCAGUCUUGUAUUUAAUUUUUGCGCCAAGUGUAACAAAUCAAAGAAGUGAAGUGUGGUGACAGUGGGGACACUCGAAUGAUUCAGAAAUACUGAUGCAUUGCAUUAUGUAGCCUUGCUAUAAGCAUGUGCACUCACAAAUGAUUUGAUGCUAAUACUCAUUUUCUCAAAUACGUUUAAAUUGAAUCAAACUGUGUCCAAUGCUGGGUUUAGUUCUCUCUAUACUAUCUUUAUUGGCUGCAGUAUCUCCCCAAUCUGUAGCCUGGAUCCCAUUCUUAUAAAGUAUUUAUUAAGUGAGGUAAUGUUUACUUCAUUACAUAUUUAUUGGGAUUCCCUCUCCGUUUCGGCUUGAGAAAAUGUCAUUCUGAAAGCAAGUAAAACAUGUUUAUUCCAAAAGGAAACCACUGCUAAAUAUGUAUAAAAUAUUUUUGUGUGUCUUAACAUAUGAAAAAGAACAAUCGAAAGAAAUGAGAUUUUUCUCUUUAAAAUUAUUUUUAUUUAUGUUUUCUUAUAUUUAUUUGUAUAAAAUAUCCAUUGAGGCGUUGCUUGUUGAACCACGUUGUUUAGUAUGCUUAUUUAUUAAGAAAAAAAAAAACGUUUUGGAAGUAUAAUUGUAUAAUGUAAAUAAUUCAUUGGAACGAGUCAAUGCACAUAGAUAUAUUCUUACAGACUUAUUGUAUUGUCUUAGCAAAGAUAAUUUGAAGAAUUACUUUCUGUGGUGUAUGUUGACUUUGUUUAUUUGUCAAAUUAUAU